AUGACUGCAUUUCUAACAAUUCUCCUGAGUCUGCUGAUCGUCAGCUCGGUUUCCGGUAAGCUGUCUACAUUUGCAGUACGCUAUUGCACUUAUUGACGAAGUAUUCAAACUGCACUACUGUGUCUUCCAUACGAGUAGGCAUAACGAAUAUAUCAUCACAUUAACGUUUGCAGAACUGUGGUUGCUUAGAGACGCCGCUUCAGUUGUUUUCCCUAGGUUUGUUAAAACAUAAAAUAGAUAUGAUGUCCUCAACGCUGCUUUCUGCAUCUGCCUGUAACUUCUCAAAGACGAUAAACUAAUCUCGAGUAGGCAAUUUAGUACAUAUUUUGACGCGUAAGAUUCAGAAAAUUGAAGUUUGCAUUUGUUUAGAACAGAAUGAUAAACAUUCUAAAAAGCCGUUAGAAAAUAAAGAAAUAAAAUAAAUAACCAUAAAAGUGUUUUCAUGACGAAACGAGUUUGCUUCUUAGAUGCUUUGAAGUGACUUGUGAUUUCUUCUAUGGAGAAUCAACAGGUCUGUCAAAAACAGCGUUCUUAUCAAAUCUCGAGAAAUGGACAUGGCAUGUCUUGUUAGACGGCACAAUGUGAAACUAGAUGUGGUAAAUGCGACCAGAUACGCUAAUGCGUAGAAAGUAUGCCAUGAUUUGCCGGUCCCCAGAAAGUAUUGAUGUGAAAACAUGGUCAGUGCUGGGAUGGACGAAUUUACCUGUGUCAGUCAUGUAGAUUUUAAAAAACUGGGAUUUUGCUCAAAAAUGAAGUUUUACUCUGAUAUUCAGGUGUAUAAUUUAAAUCUAAAAGCAAUGUUAACAUAACCGCGAAUGGUACUUCUAUCAUUGCCUAUGGAGACCUCUUAGACGAUGAAGAAGAAGCGAAUUACAAACACGCAUUAACAUUAUAUUUGCGAUAGUACUUUCACAAACUUCCUUUGACUGCGUAAGAAAAAUACCCAAACCUCCUGUAGAUGAUGUUGUGUUGGUGCUGGUAGGUGGAAUCAAAAACGACUAAAAGUAUGCAUGAAUCGAGCAUGUAAGCGGCUUUAUUGGAAAACUUGUUUGUUUUGCAUGCAUUUUAAACUGCCCGACGAUUUCUUCGUGGGCAAACGAUCAGCUAGGACUGAGUCAAUUUCUAUAUCGAGGCUAUGGAGAAAGUCAUGGCAUGUUUACACAUUGUCGGUGUACCGUUCAACACUGACCCCAUGACAAGCAUAGCCAUGACAAGCAUAGCAUAGGCGAAUAAGGCACUCAAAAUCCCCAGCAAGCGUAUGUUUAUCGGGAAGGUGGUUUAGAACAUAAUUCAUAGAAAUUUCAUCUGCUGUGUGUCAGUCAGUCUUCUCAUAUGUCUCUGUUUUAGGAGGCAACAGCUGCCAGGAGGAAGGCGAGGCCUGCAGCAAGACCGUCUUUCAGAGAUGCUGUGGUAAACUUGUCUGUGAAUUGGAAAGUUUCGGGAAUGGCAAGUGCGUGCGCUGCCUAAAUCCGACAAAGCCCUGCUGGCGAAAUCGUGACUGCUGCAGUAGGAAGUGCUCCUUGUUCAGAUGUAAAUAGACAAACAAACUUUGAUUUUAUGAGAUACUUGCUUGUAAUACCUCUCUCUUUGCUGCUUUCGUGAACUGAAACAAUAAACGAUUUCUUAUGCAUUGUGGCCUUCUGUCUGAAAAGUGAAAAUUAAAUGGGCCAUUCUACACGCGUGCUUCGCACCCAACUUGAUUUAAUUUCAAUAGACUUGCUACUUAUAAGACUAAGAAGUUUAGUAAUUGAGGAUGAAGAGGCGGUUAGGGAAGUUGCUCGUGUUGGCGUAACGCUGGCUUCGAGGUUGUUUGCGAGCGCUGUAUCGCGGGAUGCGAGAUUGCUGUCAUGAGACCAAAGGCUUUUCACCACCACCCGGCCGGGAAGGGUGCGCGUCAGGCUGGUGCGGACGCCACUUCUGCUGCCGGACUGGCGAUCCCAUCACCCGAUUUGUGUUCGGGUCUGCGUGUGUUUAGACUCGACACUUGUUUCCGUGGGUCCGUGUUCGCUCCUGAUUGGCGCUCGUCUGCGUUUGUGUUCGACAAUAUUUUACGUCCCCUAGUCUACCUGUUCGGUUUAGGUUUGCCCGCCUCCGUGCCUGAUCUGACUCCCCUCUUACUGGACUGCAACAAGCCGUGUUUGGUAGCCUUCUGGAAAAUUCUCAUAGUUGAUGACGGAGGCGGAUAUGGGGUUGCAGACUUUGAGCGCCUCUAA